AUGCUCAUGUUCCUGACAGUACGUAACGUUCCGCUGUGUGUGUGUGUGUGUGUGUGUGUGUGUGUGUGUGUGUGUGUGUGUGUGUGGCGGCCAGGCGGCGUGACCUCGACGGCGGUGGCCGAGGCGUGGGCUGCAUGGGCGGCGCCUCAACCCAAACUCGUGCUGCUCUUCUCCGGCAAGCGCAAGAGCGGCAAGGAUUACCUUGCGGAUCAGCUGGCUCAGAGGCCUGACCUAGCGCCCGUGCUGGCGCAAGUGCGCCUUUCUGCUCCGCUGAAGCGCCAAUAUGCCCUGGACCACGGUCUCGAUUACCAGGAGUUGCUCUCAGCCUCCACCUACAAGGAGCAGCAUCGGCAGGCCAUGAUUGUUUGGGGAGAGCAGAAGCGCCGCGCCGACCCGGGCUUUUUCGCGCGCCUAGCCACCCACGAUCUGCAGGCACCCAUUUGGCUCGUGGUUGAUUGUCGUCGACAAACCGACUUGACCUACUUUCAAACUCGAUACCCUUGCGUGACCGUGCGUGUGCAAGCUAGCGUGGCAACGCGAGCGCAGCGCGGCUACACUUUUACGACAGGCGUGGACGACGCCGAGUCGGAAUGCGGCCUUGAUGCUGUGCAGCACGACAUCGUGAUAGACAAUGACGGGGAUGGCCAGGCUACCGCGGCCGCCUUGGAUCAGCUACUGGCCCAAAUUCAUCAAUCUUUGCAGUAA